AUGUCCCCUGACAGAGAAUUAGCUUCGCUACGAAAAGAAGUAGAAAACCUUCAAAAUAUUCAUGCUUCAAUUUGUGAACAACUUGAACGCGCCAAUAAAGAAAAUUCUACAUUAACGGAUGAUAAUAAUUUUCUCCGUAAAAAGAAUUCUUCUUUUCAACAAGAAAUUACAAACCAUCAUAAUGAAUAUGCACGAAUUGAAUCCGAACUUUAUCAACAAGGACAAGAAGUGGAAAGGCUAAAAAAGGAGAAUGUCAGCUUUUUGAAAAAUAAGCGUGAAGUAGAAAGGAAAUUAAGAGAGGAGACGCAAGCCUUUGAAAAAGAUCGAGCUGGAUGGCAAAUGCGUGAAUCCGAAUUGACUGGUCAAGUUAAAGCUCUUCAAGAAACAAUCAAUGUUCUCGCACAACAAUAUGAAGCUUCACAAAAGAAAAAUUCAAGUUCUAAUGAUGAAGACAGUCCUCCAUUAACUCCCACUACAGGUACACCUUCACAUUAUAGCGCUGCCCGUGAGGCUAGGACUGCUCAACGAACCAUUAAAGAGCUUGAAAGACGUGUUAAUGAAUUGACAACAGAAAUUGAAAAUGUUAAACGUGCACAUACCGAUUCAAUGAAUAUAAACAAGAACCAUGUCGCUAGGAUUCAUCAUUUAGAAAAUGAGCUUGGUCAAGUUAAACAUAUGAAUCAAACAUUAAUGGAAGAGAAUGAAGGGUAUCAAUUAUUGUUGCAUGAAAAGACCAUGAGAGGUGAAUUUAUGUUAAAUCCUAUCAUGCAGAGAAAUACAAAACAUACCCAUAUUUCAGAAAAAGAGACGAAUCGCACAAACAAAGAAGAUGGCAAAUCAGUCGAAGAAGAUAUUUCUAUCGAAUCAAAAUCACUUGCCAUAGAUUUAGAAGCUGAAUUAAAUCGUGCAUCUGAGCUUAGCGAUUUUCUUCAAGGCGAACGUGUGCAUAAAGAGAGUGACCACACUAUUAUUGAGAAAUUGCAAGAUGAAAUUAAAUUACUCAAAGAUUCAAACAAAUCAAUGUCCCUUUAUAUUCAAAAGAUUCUCAAUCGUAUUAUGGAAGCCAAAGGUUUUGAAGAAAUUUUAUCUAAUGAGUGGUCAGCAAAAAAGGCGGCUUCUUCGCCUACUUCGCCAACAACAGGUUCGUUUAAUUUGAGUCAGGAGCCCGUUAAAAAGAAAAUGGAAAGGCGAAAAACCUUUUCUAGUUUUCACCUCCGAAGUGCUUCCCAGCCUCAAAAUAAUCUCAAACCUGUAAUACAAGAAAAUAUUGCUGAAGAGCCUGAAUUACCAAAACCUAAGGAUAAUGAAACUGUUCAAUUAGCUGAUUUAUCUAAACGAUCACGAAGAAAUUCAACUGGUUUUAGAAAUGGAAAACGAUUCAGUCUCUGGGGUUUUGGUUCAAAAGAUGGUGAAAAGAAGGAUGAUCCUUAUUUGAAACCAAUGAUGCUUGUACAGGAGAAUCAGAAAGUAAAAGAAUGA